AUGAUGGCAGUGGUUGCUGGUGGAGAAGCCAACGGAGCUUCGUCAACUGCCGCCCCUGCCCCGUUCAUGACAGUGACAACAGCAGCACCGGCAGAACACGCUAAUGCGGAGCAGCAGCAAUUGAAGCUGCGCAACCCAGACGGCGUGAGCGAGGCCGCCAUCCAGGACGGCUUGGAUCUGUACCACAGCAUCAUGGCGUGUGAAGAUCCCGAGCUCAAGGGGGCACUGCAGGAGGCGAUGCAGGUGCUUAACGAUGGCUUGCGGCUGUACGGACCGGACCAGCUGAUCGGCAGCUACAACGGUGGAAAGGAUGCCGUUGUCAUUAUGCACCUGCACAGGGCGGCCGUGGCGAACUACUGCGUGCAGCAAGGGGAAGCCUUCAGGACGAAGCUGAUCUACUUCGAGAAUGACCGCGAGUUCCCGGAGGUAGAGGCGCUGGUAGCCGACAGCGUGAAGCGGUUUGACCUGGAGCUGUCCAGGUACAAGACGGGAUUUGUGGAGGGUCUGAAGCAGCGCAUGGCAGAGGGGGGAAGCGAGAAGUGCUACGGCUUCGUCCUGGGCACCCGUAAGGGGGACCCCAACUGCGGGGUACAGACGAGCUUUACGCCCAGCAGCGACUGGAUGCCUCCGUUCAUGCGAGUGAACCCGGUGAUCGACUGGAACUACGGACAGGUCUGGGGCUUCCUGCGGGAUUUCGAGCUACCGUACUGCUCGCUCUACGACGAGGGAUACACGUCUCUAGGCAACCUGGACAACACUUUCCCCAACCCCUACUUGAGAAAACGCGCGAGUUCGGCUGCGGUUUCCGAUGAUGGAGGCGAGGAGGGGAUAGAGGAGGAGUAUCUGCCUGCGUACAUGCUCUCGGAUUGGUCGCUGGAAAGAGCUGGGAGAGGCGAACGGAAGACUGACAGUCUCGCGUGCGAGUUGAGAGACCUGGACACCAAGAGAAGAAAAGUGCGGCAAGCUCGAUCGGCAGGUCUUGUGGUUAUCGGCGAUGAGGUGCUAAAGGGGAAGUGCCAGGACUUGAAUACCGCAUUCGCCACCAAGAAACUGUGGGAGAAGGGCAUUCCUGUGGGUCGCGUAGCGGUUAUCAAGGACGAUGAAGAGGCCAUCUGUGACGAGGUGCGGCGACAGGUUCAGGAGUUUGACGUUGUGAUCACCAGCGGCGGGAUCGGGCCAACCCACGAUGACAUCACCAUCUACUCGGUGGCGAGGGCUCUCAAUCAGGCCGUCCGCGAGAACAAGGAAAUGGUGGAGAAGCUCUUGGACCUUGUUGGGGUGGAGAGGGCCAGCCAGCUCACGGAAGCCCAGAUGAAGAUGGCGAUGCUGCCUGAGCUGUCGAAACUGAGGGUUGCGCCGGUAGCGGGGGAAGCCGCGUGGCCCAUCCUUCAGACGGAGAACGUCUUCAUUCUCCCUGGGGUGCCGGAGUUCUUCCAGGGCAAGAUGACUGUUAUCGCCGAUCACUUCUUGGAUUCGCGCCCGAUGCACGUCCGAAAGAUUGUUCUCUCCGCGGACGAGAUUUUGGUGGUGGAGCAUCUCAACCAAGCCGUAGAGGCACACCCGAACGUUACCUUCGGCAGCUACCCGUAUUACUCCAACCCUGCCUUCAAGACGGUCUUUACACUGGAAGGGGACAACCAGGAAGAUGUCGUGGCGGCCUCGGAGGCGUUGGAGAAGUCACUCCCAGCGGAGUAUUUGAUCAAGGUUGUGGCAGACGACGAUCUCAAGGAUAUCUGAUGGAUCGUGCUUGCGUCGUGUCGUGCCAAGUGACAUGUACAUGUUCGGAGAGAGGCCAUGCCUAGCAUCCGGAAACGUCAUUACGGGUGAACAUCAUCAUUAUGACAGCAGUACUCGCGGUGGUGUGAUAGCGCGGUUGUCUCAACGUUUGGUAGGUCCGGUUCUGCGGUAGGUUGGUUCGGUCCCACACCUAAACAUGCCCCAAGAAGACGAGAUGUGUGCCUGUGAGACAUAGAUACGGUUCUCAGGAGGUUUCGAUUCGGAACCUGCUUGUCUGGCGACGGGGACAGGGAUAUGAAUGACGCGGUUCGGGAGGAUUUUUUUUUUGGCGAUGGAAGGCUCUGCAGACAUCAUUCGGUCGUGGCAGGAGUGCUGGGGGUUUCGCAGUGUUGCAUGUUCGCCUCACAUCUGUUCGAACGCCAGGCUAUGCGCCUUUCGGUGUGGUACCACUGCUUGGUGUAUCAACCGGGGCCACAAAAAGAGGAUGGUCACACGGGAGCUUUUUUUUUUUUGUCUUUUUUUGGUGAUGUGCG